CCAACACAGUGCAUCUAACCUCAUUAUCAAUCGGUAUCUCAUACAUAGACUGUUAUCACAAUAUAGAAAAUAACCUAUUACGCCUCACAAGUUCAUAAACAAACUAUCACAAACUAUUUCGCUCCGAUAUAUAUAUACUCUAUCCUGACCACCCAACCAAUAACAAAUGAACAUGGACAUCUCAACCUCACCAACCUGUACCGUCUCCUACGCGCCUAUGUCCUUCGAGCGCAAAGCCUCACAACCCUCUCAUCUCGACCCAUCCACAUUCCCACGCACAAUCGCCCUCCCAGACGAAAACAUCUACAUUGAACUAACCUACAAUACACUAAACCCCGCCUCAGCAUUAUCAUACACCAACUCUCCCGCAGCAGGGGCAAACGUGCUCUUCCUAGGUACGACACGAAAUACAUUCAACGAUCGCCCAGUCGCUCAACUCAACUAUACAUCCUACCCGCCUCUAGCAUCGAAGUCUCUUACUCAGAUUGCGCGAAAGAGCAAAGAGAAGCAUGGGCUUAUCGGUGUGAGUAUCUCGCAUCGGCUGGGAGUGGUUCCGGUUGGGGAGGCGUCGAUCUUGAUUACUGUUAGUUCGGGGCAUAGGCGGGCGGCUUGGCGGGCUGGGGAGGAGAUUCUGGAUGAGUGUAAGGCUAAAGUGGAGAUUUGGAAGAGGGAAGAGUUUGUUGGGAGUAAACCAGGGGAGGGGGAAUGGAGGGCGAAUAGGGAUUGGGAUGGGGAGGGGAAUUAUGUUUCGGUGUAG